UGGGGAGAGAACCUUGCCAGGGUCCUCCUACUGACAAACCAUCUUGUUUUAAUGUUGAUGGCAAGAAGGGCCUCUUCCUCACAUCCCUGGCCUGGUGGAUAUGGAGGUCUGGAGUUGGGAAAAUCCUUCCCUAUUUGAUCUCUUAAAAGAUCCUCACAAUGGAAGCAAGUCAUGGGUUAGAUUCCCUAUGAAAUUGUUAUUGCGAUCUGUGUUUCCCCUGGGGAGAUUCACCUUCUAUGUCCUGGUAACAUACUAUACUUGG